UCGCUUUCAGAUCGCUGCGCACUCGGGAUGCUCCGCUGACUCUGACCCAGCUUUCCUCAGACGCUGAAAAUGUCGUAUUCUCUGGGAGUCCACCUGCAGGUUGUGCUGGCUGUGGGUCUGGCUGUGUUCUGCUACUGUCUGGUUCUUGGCUGCAUCCUUUGCUGUCGCAAACAGAAAAGCCUUUCCUCUGAAGACAAAGAAGCAGCUUUUCUGUCCCCUCAACCCACUGAGAGUGUGACUGUGACAUUAAGUCACUCUCCGUGUACUCAGCCUGUGAAACAGCAGUACGAAGAGCUGGAUGGUAAUGUGUUGGAGUGCCCUUCUUCUAAAAGUAGCCCUUCUCCAUCUGAAGAUGACCUCAGCACUCUCCCAUUCAAAAACAACCCUUCCAGAGCAGCUGAGCUGGCGCAGUCUUCCAGUGCUACUUUCCCAAUGCGGCGCCUUAGUACUUCUGCUCUACCCUGCUCUCCCAGUAAAGCUGCUAGUCAUGGCAGGGCUUCCUUGCCCUCCCUCACCAAACUCAGCUUUGUAUCCAAAUCCUGCCGGGUGAUAGGCAGACGCAGAACUGUUAGUGGAGAAAGUUUUGCUCUCAGCGAGAGCAGUCGGCUUACAGCAGGUGCUCCCAGCGUUAACAGCCAGCAGGGGGAGCCAUGUCACCCUCAGUAUGGCUCCAACUCCAUCUCUGCCUCACCCAAACCAGCUCCUCUUCUGCACUUUUCCCUGCUCUUUAGCUCCAGCUCUGGCACCUUGGUGGUCAACAUCCUGGGUCUUUCUGGGGACACUAGAAGACGCAGUGGGGUAUUUGUUCGCGCCAGCCUCGCUCCACUACAUCCCUCUCUCCAUCAGACAGCCCCACGCCGGCGCAGCCUUUGCCCAGACCUCGUCAGCCAGACCUUUGUGCUGCAGGUGGGCUCUGUGGAGGAGCUCUGCACCUGUACCCUGAGGCUGGCUGUCUACAGCAGGGACUUCUCUGGGCUGAGAGAGGCCGCUCUGGGGGAAGUGGAGUUACCCUGUGAAGAGAUUGAGUGGGAGCCUGACUCCAAGACUACCUACUCCAAGCAGCUCGUCCCAAGCAAAAUCAAGCUGAAAAAGAGUUUCAAUUCUCAGGAGACUCUGGGAUGCAGGAAAAGCUCAGUCUGCGUGCCACGGACUUUGGGCCACCUGUUGAUCUUGCUGCAGUACCAGACCCUGGCUCAGCGAAUCAAAGUGAUGGUUCGAAAAGCUGAAAAUUUGAUCAAGUUGACACGAAUCCCAGGAACUCCAGAUCACUAUGUGGUCAUCAACUUACAUCAGGAUGGUAAAAUAAUUGACACGAAGGAGACCAAAGUGGCCAGUGGACCAAACCCCACCUGGAAUGCUCCCUUCCUGUUCGACCUUCCACCUGGUGACAUCACCCAGCUGCCACUGGCACUCGAAUUCAUCGUGAUGCAGGGCCGACUCUACACUAAGAACAGUAUUCUGGGGCGCGUACUGAUUGGCGGCAAUGCUUCAGAUGUAGGACAGGAGCACUGGAGGGAAAUCUGUGGUCCAGGACAAACAGAAACCACCCGCUGGCACGCCAUCCAGUCAGAUGUAGUGUAGAACUAACUAUAUGUAAAAUGUAGGUGGAAUAGGAUCACAUUUAUCUUUUGGACUAUAGAAGGUGAAACGCUGAUCACACUCAGGUGGUAGGAAUGAUGUGUAACAAGUUUGUCAAGUAUAGCAGUCAUCCCACCCCCUCACAUUACUUCACUGUGAUUCCUUAAUACUGUAGCAUUGUAACAACCUGGAUGUACUGUGAAACUGUGAAACUUAUACUAACGUGGUAGAACUGUUUAUUUUAUGCCAAGAAACUACACAUUUCAAAGCUUGGACAAAAAGGCUAACAUGCAUGUGUGUAUUUUACAUCUUUGACAGUGUGUGACUUUUUUCUUUCAUCUGCAACUGUACCAAUGCCCCUCUUUCACACUCUUAUAUCUGUCAUUCUGUACAGAGCUGUUAAAAUUUAAUUGUUGUGGUUGGGAUGCCUGCUAAUUCUUCAUCAUUUUAUUCUUUACCUGGGGAAAAUAAAUAAAUAAAUAAAUAAAAUUCUACUUCUAC